AGCUCAUCCGAAGUAGCAGGCACACUUUGCUGAGUCCAGUUCACUGAAGACUCUGCUCUCCGAGUCCGAACCUCCAGCCCCUCUGCUGCUAGCUGCCAUGGCCAAGCGCAAGUCAAAGAAACCGCAACAAAAAGACACUUCCAUGUUGUUGGAGUUGUCACCACCGCAGUCCAAGAGCAGGAUAAGCUCCUGUGUUUCUCCAGCUUUGUUGUUCAUUAUUGUUUUUUCAGUCGGGGCCUCUGCAGUGGGCUGGUUUUGUGCGCAGCAGCAGCACAGCCUCGACCAACUGUCAGAGUCUUUCACAACAAUGCAAAGGGAAAUCACAAACUUGCAGCAGGUGAUGGAGAUGACGGUCGCACAGACUGAUACAGGCUCGGGUCUGGAGGAGAGGAUCUUCACUCUGGAGGAGGUUCAGAAACAGGCUCAGCAGAAAGCUGAAGUUGCCCUCGCCACAUCAGAGAAGCUGAAGAACACUGACCUUUACUCAAACCUUUGGGCUCUCCAUGAAGAGAUGGACACUCAAUGGGCUGAAGUAAAGCAGGUCUCACUGUCAAUCGCAGCUCUCCAGGCUAUGUUCAAGAACCACACUGAAGAGUUUGACGCUGUGAAGGAGAGAGUAGUCGCCACUUUGAGCUCCAGCUCAGCACUGGCUGAAAACGUGGCUGGGUUGACGAGUGCUUUGUCCAGUGCAUGCUCCAGAGUGGAUGAGCAGGCUGCAUCAGUGGAGGCUCUUAAUGCACAGUUAGGGGGACAAUCCUCCGAGCUGAAUGAGCUGAGAGAGCUGCUGUAUCUUCAUAAUGUUGCACUUUACACAAACAACCAGGAGAUGACUGCAAUAAAGGAGCUGGUGGAGACUAAGCAGGCCAUGCGUGCCCAGGCAUUAGAAGAGAUGCUCAGUUCGGUGCUGACCACUCUGGAUGAGCAGUUUUUCACUUCACAGAGCCUCCACAGCAGCGUCAUGGCUCAGCUGGACACUUUUCACACCCAGUUGGUGAAUGGUCCUUCUUGGUCAAUGAAUCUUAAGUCAAAUGAAGAGGACCCAGCAGCAGGAGAGUUCAUCUCCACCACGUCACAGAAUGCCACUGGGGUGCAGGAGAAGCUCGAAGAUAUUGAGGAGGAGGCUGAGCAGCAGGGGUCCAAAGGCGCAGUGGAAGAGGAGGCAAAGGAUGAUGAGCAGUCACUGGAACAAGUAGUGGAGGGGAAUUCUACAGAAGAGCGAGACGUUACACCAGAAGAGGAGGAGGAAAUUGCACGACCAGGGCAGAGUGAAGAGAAGGAGGUCGCUGGCGAGACAGCAGAAGAGGAAGUCGCAGAAGAAACGACGGACAAGUCCUUGGAGGAGGAGGAGUUGCAUGAAGAGGAUGCGGAAAGACAGGAUUCUGUAGAGGAAGAGUCACUUUAAUUAGACACUAAAAUCUUCAUGAACAAAACUGAAGAGGACGAGUAGAUUGAACACCUGUAACCGUUGCAGUUCAGCAGUAUUUUCUGUAGUUCACAUUACUGUGAUUUUAAAGUCUUAUAUAGAUGAAUGGGAACCAUGCAACAAAUGAUUUGGAACGUUUGUUUUAUUUCAUCUAGAUGGGGUUGAUUGAUGUAUGUGUCCAAGCAGUUACACAUCACUGAAAAAUGUGAGGAUUUGUAUUGUUUUAUGCCCCUACACUGUCCCUGUUUGAUGUGAACUUCUGUAGUCAGAUUCCAACUGUGUACAACAUUUGUAAGGAUCUUACUUUUCUUGAACAUGCGCUGUUCGCAUUAAAAAUUAGUUUAAUUUUAUACAUUCUAGUUAUGACAACAAGUGUUAUGAUUGCUGUUGUUAGUGCAAUAUAAAGGCAACAAUUGAAAAGAUAAAACAUAAAUAGAAAAUG